AUGUCGUCACCGAAUGACACUGAGCAGAAAACCCCUGCCAAGCAGCUUUUUAAAGAAGCGAAAGUAACCAAGACCCCGGAGCCUGCUACUAGCUCUGGAAACCAGGCACUUGAUCAGAUGAUUUCAGAUCAAGUACCAGUGGGCGACGCAAGAUAUGGACAGGAUAUAACUCCAUUCAGCCCUCCAUUCACCUCCCGAUAUGGCUCGCUUGGGCAUCCAUACUCGGAGUUUUGGAAUAGUCCAGAGCACCAAGCACCUGACCGGGCGGCAGUAGAGCAAGUUUCCCAGGGUGACAUAGAGGACGGACAGAAUACGCCAACAUUCGACCCUGGGUACGGCCAUUUCGGUCAUCCCUUCUACCCACAUCCCUCUUAUUACCAUAGUUACUUUGGCUUUCCCGCCAUGCCACCACCUCCCCCGUGGUACUCUCACGGACCUGGUGCCUGGCACCCUGGCAACUGGCCACCGGUAAGCGGUCGCCAUCCCACUUCUGGAGAGUAUGCUCCAAGCAAGCAUCCAUACGGUGGCCCUGGUCUUCAACACGCCAACCAUCAUCCAAAGCAACAAAAGUCCCGACAGAAUGGGACCAAGCCUAUUCCUCCUGAGAUUUCCAUGAACAAUACUGCGGCCAAAACAGCAGCAUUGAGGAAUGGACAUGCAGGUUCUGACGCAGGACUUUCCAAGCGGCUGAAAGACGUGAAAAUCGACGCACCAGUACUCGACUUGGUUGGGAACAGUCUAGCUGACCAUGGCAAGCUGGGUGAUCCGAUGACUCCUGUUAGCAUGAAAAUUGACAAACCCUCCGGCAAACUUGCAUUGCCUGACGAAAAGACUGAGAAGCAGGACAAAGAGAUCAGUCAUGACAUGCCUAAACAUGAUCAUAGCCAGGUUGAUAAACUCUCCAACCAUACCGGACUGGGAAGCUCUGUAGGUAUAAGACGACCAACUGGCUACACGCUUGAUAUAGACCACUGCCCCGGGCCGGCUGAUCAGGCGGUCGCGUCAGACAUAAGAGGAUCUAUUGGCCCUCCACAUGACCUUCAAUUGUCGAUGGAUGGCAAGAUGUUCAAGCAUGCAUGGACGGAUGACCCAGCCCUGACGUUGUCCUCGGAGUCAUAUGUCAAAGAGACUGUCCAAGCAUGGCAGGCUUCUAUACAGCCCGCUCGCAAUAUUGACUUCAAGGAGCUAACACAAGAGCUCGCAUACCGGUCAGACUGUGAUUUUGAUCCUGCGGCACUCCGAUUCAAGUCUCCGUUGGAGCCAGGUGACACCAAGAUGCACCCCGAGAACCCAAGGAACAUGGAUACAAAGAGGGACCGGAAGAUGAAAGCGAUUCUUCAAAGACGCAUCAAGGAGGACCGUGCACGAGUCCCUGCGGUGCCCAGGGAGGUUGUGCCCCAGGAGGCGUUCGAACCGCAAUUUGCUUGCCACAUGCGCCCGGCGACCGAGGAUGAUCUGCCUAGCCUCAAAAAGAUUUAUGACUUGGAGCUAACGCAAGGGUCCCAGGCUAGGGACAAGGUGAAGCUGUCGCCUGGGUCGUACAUUUCUCUCUUAAAGAUGUGCCAAGACCGGUCACUGCCUUUCAUUGUGGCAGUGGCUGGAGCCCCUCACGAUGUACGGAACGGUAAGACUCCUGAGGUUGCAUGGCAGAGCAAGGAGCCGCCAAAAGGAGCCGUACUAGGCUUCAGCUUUUUGUCGCCCUACUACAGAGGGUUUUUGAAUGAUCUGGAUUCUGCGGGCGACUCAUCGGUUAAACUCGACGUCAUGAUCCAUCCGGACUAUCGCUCCAGGUUUAUCGGUACUGCGCUGAUCGACAAGAUGCUACAACUCAUCUGCCCUCGCUACAACUACAUGGAUACGUGUCAAUUUGUGGAUGAUAGCGCUGUAUCGCUCUACCGUGGAGCGCACGCCUCACUUCACCGCUUCUAUCACGUUCAUGCGGAUGUUCUCGUGGCUGGCGAACAUGAUCCCAACGCAAAGCGUUACGACAAGCUUCUCCAGGAUCGAUUUGGCUUCAAGAAACUUUCCGUCAUCCAUGGAAGUCAUCAACACAACAGUGGAAUGCUUGACCUAGUGAGCUAUCACAAGCAGUGUCGCCCUGUUCUGGGAGCAGAUCGGUCGGAGAAUGCCGCACCUUGA